AUGAUUUCUGUGGAUGGUGAGACAAGAGAUGCUAGGAAAUCAAACUGUCUCGAUUCCGGAACAAAUGAGCUGUUCAUGUCACAUGGACGCAAAAAGCGUUCAACACCUAGCACAGAAGGUCAAACGGAGGAGACACUCUCUGCCAUCAUUCGAGUUCUCGCAAAAGGAGAGGAAGAAGAGUUGCAAUCGAGCAACCAAACAGUACACAGCUUACAUCACCUCGACGACCUG